AUGUCGCCGACUCCGGAAAAACCUGUCAAGGUCGUGUUCGGUGCCAUGACCUUUGGACGUCCCGGGGUUGAACAAGCUCGCGUCAAUGACUUACAGGUUGCUGGUUCAAUGCUAGACCUCUUCCGAUCUCAUGGCCACAAUGAAAUCGACACAGCCCAGUUCUAUGGCCUUGGUUCAUCGGAGGAGUAUUUGGGUAUGCUUAAAUGGGCAGACCGAGGGCUGGCGAUGGCCACCAAGUUCUAUCCCACGGCAAAUAUUGUCGACCCUAACGCGCCAGGAGGGAAGGGCACGACGCACUGUCCGGAGCAUCUCAGAGAGAACCUGUUGAAGUCCCUCAAGGCGCUCCAAACCGAAAAGAUUGAUCUCUGGUAUCUCCACGGCCCGGAUCGGACCACGCCGUACGAAGUCACCCUCCGCGAGGUCAACAACCUCCACAAGGAGGGAUACUUCACGCGGUUUGGGAUCAGCAACUACAUGUCCUGGGAGGUGGCUCAAAUCUGCGAGAUCUGCCGGCGGAAUGGCUGGAUCCAGCCCACGGUGUACCAAGGCCUUUACAACGCCAUCCACCGGAGUGUGGAGCAAGAGUUAUUUCCCUGUCUGCGAUACUACGGCAUCAGUUUCUACGCAUACAACCCCUUGGCCGGCGGCUACUUAACGGACCGGUACCGUCGCGAUAUCCCAAACGAAGAGGUCGAAAAGGGGACUCGCUUCGACCCGACCACUUUCCAGGGCAAGGCGUACCGAGGUCGGUAUUGGAACGACGGGGCGUUUGAAGCCUUGCGUAUCCUCCGAGAAGCAAUCAAAGGCCACGAUCUGACGGAGGCCGAGUGUGCUUUCCGGUGGUCGAUGCACCACUCCCUACUCCGGGGCGACAAAGGCGACGCGAUCAUCAUCGGUGCGAGCAGCAUCAAGCAGCUGGAAGAGAACCUCAAGUGUCUCGAGAAAGGACCUCUGCCGGAAAGCAUUGUCAAGGCCUUCAAUCAAGGGUGGGAAAGGACUCGAGCCACGAGUUGGAAAUACUGGCAUUGA